AUGCUGGCGGUGGUGGCGCGGGUGGCGGUGGUAGCGCCGGUGGCUGUGGUAGCGCCGGUGGCGGUAGUGGUGCUGAACAGGAAGGAGCCUUCUGAAUUUGCUGUCUUCGUUUCCAAUCAGGUGAAGCAGUUCGAGAAGCACGUGGCGCGGAUUUGCGGCUGCUCUGCGGCGGGGAGCCAUGGCGAGUCAGGCAUAGGCUAUGGACGGACAGAUCGGCUCAAGUUCACCUCGCUGUUCCCUCAGUCCUUGCGAAGCAUGAAGCUGUUCAAGGCCGCCGCAUUUGGUCUCCUGGCCGCCGCCCAAGAGGACGCCUGCCACACGGCCCACAGCGCCAAGGUGGACUGCCAGGCCGACACCAAGUGCUCCUGGUGCGACGCAUCGGCCGUGCCCAGCGCCUGCUACACCAAGGAGGACGCUGCCAAGCUGCCCUCCGCCGUUUUCACCUGCUCAGCCCGCCGCGCCUCCGAGCUGCUGCCCCGCGAGGAGGCUGAGAAGCUGGGGGUGGUCUGGCGCGGCAACGCCUCGGAGCAGAGCUCCCACGAGCUGCUUGGAGACGUGGAGAUGCCGUCGGAGUUCACGUGGUGCGACAAGGACGGCAAGAACUACUGCACCAUGUCCCGCAACCAGCACAUCCCCCAGUAUUGCGGCAGUUGCUGGGCCCAUGGAGCAAUCUCAGCUCUGGGCGACCGCAUCAAGAUCGCCCGACAGGGCGCGGGCGUGGACAUCAACCUGGCGGUGCAGCACCUGCUGAACUGCGGAGGUGUUGGCAGCUGCAGGGGCGGGACCGUGGAUGGGCCCUACCAGUGGCUCAAGGGCAUCUCGGAGAAGGGCACGGGCAUCAGCUACGAGACCUCCAACCCCUACGUGGCCUGCAGCUCGGACUCCUCCGAGGGCUUCUGCCCCCACGUGGACACCUCCUGCAAGCCGGUGAACGUGGCACGCACCUGCGGCAGCUUCUCCCAGGAGGGUGGCCCCUGCACCGGCCUGUCCGACUAUCCCAACGCCACCAUCACGGACUACGGGUCCAUCAGCGGCGCGGAUGCCAUGAUGAAGGAGAUCUUCCAUCGGGGGCCCAUCAGCUGCGGUGUGGAUGCCCAGCCCUUGCUGAACUAUGAGCAGGGCAUCACGACGGACGAGGGCGAGUCCGUGGACCAUGUGGUCUCCGUGGUGGGCUGGGGCACCGACAAGAAGCAGGGCAUGUACUGGAUCGUGCGUAACUCCUGGGGUGAGUUCUGGGGUGAGAUGGGCUACUUCCGCGUGGCCAAGGGCGCCUUGAAGUUGGAGGAGCAGUGCUCCUGGGCGGUGCCCGGCUCCUUCACCGCGCAGGAGAAGGACAACCAGGUCCACUGCCACGAGGGUGGAGACAACUGCAAGCCGGCAGCGCAGCUGGUGGUCUAA